AUACAGAUGGGUGGGUUUUAGUUUGGUCAUCUCAUGGUUUUUUGUUGUUGCUUUAUUUUGAAAGACCGCCUCUUGUUCCUGUACCAUCCGGGUGAACGGUCGCUGUCUUGACGCGGCUCCUCGGUGUGGAAAGCGCCGUCGUCUCCCUGUCGAGUCAUCGCCAGAGCAGAGCCGAGUAGAGCCCGGAGCACGCGGAGCCGCCGUCCGAUGGCUUGAAACACGGGGGGGGGAAUAAGUGUGGAUCGCGUCGGAUUAAUUGCACCGCACCAGGCGAACGGGGGCAAAGCGGCGCCGGGCAGGAGCGGAGCGGAGCGGAUGGGGAGACACAGCGCAGUGUGAGCGAGGCUGCUGCCUUCGCGGACCCCGGACACCGACAGCACGGAGACGAGCCGGAGAGAAGCAGCGGAGCCGCCGCGACACCAGCGGGCGAACUUGGCUUCCCUUCCCCGCCGCGGGAGGUGUCUGUCGGUCGGCACGUCCCGCUCACAGCCCUCGCCGCCGGGGGCCCCGGAGAGGGACGCGGUCGAGGCAGUAGUUGAGCGCACAGCGGCGGUGUCACUACGAUCGUUUAGGGUCUUCUUGAGCAACCAACUGUGGCUUUAACGUGACGCACUCCACGGACACUGGUGCUGCCGGAGCCGACCCCCGCCCCCGAACCAGCGGAGGAGUCGAAGGCUUCUCCAUCAAGUUGGAACCGUCGUGUCCCUCCGGUGAGCUGACGAUGUGACAGUGACAAGAACAGAAGAGGACCAAGCUGGAGCAGGCUAGGCGUCUGUCUGGCCUUACUAGGCAGGCCAGCAACCUCUCAACGGAGUCCUGCCGUCAGUGAGCAGUGGAGGAUUCAGCCUGUUCAUACCAAAAAUGCAAUAGAUCUCCGACUAGAGCUGUAACAGAUUGGAUUCCUACCCUGUUUCAUCUAAUCAGCCACACUGGUCUGUUAGAUCUCCGGUUCUUCCAUGUCGUGGUGUUUGCUCUCUGGAUUUUGGCAUCAGGAUGGAUUCAAGUGUUAAUUUGACAGGUGUCAAAUCAUUGCAGUGCUUGCACUCCCCCUCCUCUGACUACCUUUUGCCCCGCCCCUCCCCAAUCUUAAAGAGAAAGCCCCUUAGCCUCCCCUGGGGCUUCCCUGAGCCCUGUAUGGAAGGGCCUUGCAGGAACUGUGGGUUGUCUUGUUGAAACAAGUUAACAUUGCAAAGGGGAAGUAGAUAAUAAAUUCUUGCAAAAAACCCAACAACAACUACAGAACAACAAAAAUUGCUACUGUCAAAUUGGUUUGAUUGAUUCAUGGUCUGUAACUUGUCCAAAUUUCUUUUCCUGGAGUUUGAUCAGAGUUCGGAAAGCUUUUCACUUGAAAAGGAGCUUGCUGGUCAAGAUUUGCACCCACAAUCAUUUAACACAUAAAUUGGUGUGAUUACUUAUAUUAAAAAAUUAUAUUAUUUAUAUAUAUCAAAUUUUUCUCUUGUGGUCUGAGCCUUGCAAUAAGAAUGUCUGAAAGCGAUAGCAACAGCAAAGCGGUGAAAUUCAUUGCCCCGGCCCCCCCUCCUCCCUCUGCCUCCCUCUGUCCAUCACCCCAGACCCCUCAAAAGAAUGUGAACGGCUCUGCCAGUUCAGACUCGCAUGUGGUGGAGAAGCUGGGGGGACACCCCGAGGUCCAACGUCGGCGCCACACGCUGGAUAGAGACUCUAAAACAGCUGAGCACCGCUUCUUCCGCCGCAGCGUAAUAUGUGACUCUAAUGCCACGGCUCUGGACCUGCCCAGCAAAGCAGCUGUGAUACUCACCUCACCCCCAGACUGUGAAGGGCCUCCCAUCUUCCUCACUCCACAGCCCUCAGGGCCUGGACCUGGGGUGCGAGAUGCUGAUGAUGGGGAGUCCCCAAGAGGUUCCUAUUUGCAAAGCAACACUCGUCAUCCUUGUGUUGGGCAUAGUGAGGCGGUUGCAGAGGUGCAGGUACAAAGUGCUGAGGGGGAUUUAGUUGUAGGCAGUGUUACGGUUGUCGUUUCCACUAUUAGCAGCGUUGAGCAUAGUGCAGAUGGGGCAGAAAAAGAGGCCAGCCCGACAGCAUUGGAUAUUACAGAUAAAACAGUAGGCAAACAGCCUGACGUCACAUUGCGGGCCAGAGGGUCUGAGAACACACAGCAGGUCACAAAGGAUGGAAAAGUGAUAGAACCUGUAGACGAGAGUCGUGUAAGCAGUUUGGCCGAGGAGAAGGAGAGGGAGACGGAGGAGGAGAAGGGUCUCGCCAAAGCAAGAGCAGAGCAGAGGGAAGCUGAGAAACGAGUGCAAGAGGAUAUAGAGGAGGUUGAGACAAAAGCUGUUGGGACUUCACCUGACGGGCGCUUCCUGAAAUUUGACAUUGAGAUUGGAAGAGGCUCCUUCAAGACUGUGUACAAGGGACUGGAUACAGAGACGACGGUGGAAGUGGCCUGGUGUGAACUCCAAGAUCGUAAGCUGUCCAAGUCGGAGCGACAGCGCUUCAAAGAGGAGGCCGGGAUGUUGAAGGGUCUGCAGCAUCCUAACAUUGUCCGCUUCUACGACUCGUGGGAGGGGCCUUGCAAAGGAAAGAAAUGUAUUGUUCUGGUCACUGAGCUCAUGACAUCUGGCACGCUAAAAACCUACCUGAAGCGUUUCAAGGUGAUGAAAAUCAAGGUGCUGCGUUCGUGGUGCAGACAGAUCCUCAAAGGCCUUCACUUCCUUCACACCCGAGCGCCGCCCAUCAUCCACAGGGACCUGAAAUGCGACAACAUCUUCAUCACGGGGCCCACGGGCUCCGUGAAGAUAGGAGACCUGGGGUUGGCCACAUUAAAGAGGGCCUCCUUUGCAAAGAGUGUCAUAGGUACCCCAGAGUUUAUGGCUCCAGAGAUGUACGAGGAGAAGUAUGAUGAGUCCGUAGAUGUCUACGCCUUUGGGAUGUGUAUGCUGGAGAUGGCUACCUCCGAGUACCCCUACUCCGAAUGUCAAAAUGCUGCUCAGAUCUACAGGCGGGUCACUAGUGGGGUGAAGCCUGGCAGUUUUGACAAGGUCGCCAUUCCUGAGGUGAAGGAAAUUAUUGAAGGUUGCAUCAGAACAAACAAGGAUGAGAGGUAUGCCAUAAAGAUCCUGCUGAACCACGCGUUCUUCCAGGAGGACACAGGGGUCAGGGUUGAACUGGCAGAAGAGGAUGAUGGAGAAAUGAUCGCCAUCAAACUUUGGCUCAGGAUAGAAGACGUCAAGAAACUUAAAGGCAAAUACAAAGACAACGAAGCCAUCGAGUUCUCUUUUGACCUGAACAAGGAUGUCCCUGAAGAUGUGGCCCAGGAAAUGGUUGAGUCUGGCUACGUUGCGGAGGGUGACCAUAAGACCAUGGCCAAGGCUAUCAAGGACCGUGUGUCUCUGAUCCGGAGAAAGAGAGAGCAGAGGCAGCUGGUACGGGAGGAGCAGGAAAAGAGGAAACAGGAGGCAGAACAACAUCUGCAGCAACAGCAGCAGCAGCAGCAGCAGCAGCAGCAACAACAACAGCAGCAACAACAGCAACAGCAACAACAACAGCAUCAGCAACAACAACAACAACAACAACAACAACAGCAUCAACAGCAACUAGAAACACUCAAACCUUCAUACACACAGGCAGAGGCAGAGGAGAUUGACAUGGAGCAACAUCAGCUUCACUAUCACCAGACCAGCAUCCCACACACCUCUGGAGGAGGUAUGGACAGCGGCCAGGGUUCCUCGGUUUUCUCUUCCGACUCCCCCCACCUCGGUCAACUGACAAUGUCGUACAGCUGCCCCCCUCCCUCCCAGCCCCCUUCACAGCCUCAGACCCCCUAUCCCCCCAACCCAUCUGCUACCCAACAGCAACACCCAGGCUACGCCCAGCUGCCGCAGCCAAUGCAUUCAAUGCCACACCCCUACAGCGGAGGAGCAAGCGCAGGAGGAGCAGGAGGGGGCAUUCCCCUCCCAACUCUCCCUGACCCCGCCACUGUUUUCUACCCCUCCAUCCCUGAGCGCCCCAUUUCCUUCUCGCCCCCACCCACUGGGCCUCCAAAGGCCUACAACACCCAGCGACGCAAGAGCACGUCCAUUCUAGAGGCACACACCCGGCACUUCCAGCCUGCCUAUGUUCGCUACGGCAGCAGCCUGCACCCCUUCUCUGGGAUGGAGGGUGUUGAGACGCCCUCUCUGUUUAUGGUGAAUCCUGGUUUUGCAGCGGCCGCUCAAAGACUUGGUGUUGGGGAGUCACUGCAUCUCCCAGGACAAUCUGACCCGAGUUUGUACGGCUAUAAAGACAUGAGGGCCGAGCAUGAGGAAGUAGUGAGGAGAUUAAGUUUAAAUCAAGCUGCCUUAUUGGACCAUUAUGAAGCAAUGGCAUAUGGAGGAUACCCAAUGACUACACACCAGCUUGGCCACUUGAGUUUCCACCAGCAGAGACAAGCAGCUGCUGCUGCUGCUGCUGCUGCUAGUUUGGGUUUUGAUCCUGGUCCUCCACCUCAACCAGGCUUCCUGCACCCUCACCUCAUGCAAAGAAUGAGUACUCACAGUCCCAUCCCUCCACCCUUACCUCCAAUGAGCGCGUCCACUGGCUGCUCUGUUUCUUCUUCACCAUCUGAGGGCUGCUAUCCUCCACUACAGCGUGCUUCCCCAUCUACCUUCCCUAUUUCCGCACCACCAGUAAUGACUGAUGCCCAACCAUCUACUGGAAGUGUCUUUGAGUUCCAUUUAGCUGCCGCAGCCGCUGCUGCAGCUGCUGCCGGAGACCCAAGCCUCCUGGCGUCCAGACUUUACCGGGCCCGGAGAAGCUCCAUGGACCUCCCUCUUGAGGACAACACUGGAACUGGCUCAGGUGGUUCAGGCACGUACAGCCGUCUCCAGCCAGUGACUGAAGAGCUGUACACUUACAUCAGCCCUGAGCUCCCCUUACCUCCAGGGAGUCUUCUUCUUCAUCACAUGGGUGUAACCACAAAGGAUAGAAGCCCAGAACCUUCUAGCGACUCUUGGGCCUCCUCCGACGCUGGAGAGUUCCAGUCACCUCCUCCCCCACCUCUCCCCCCUCCAUUUGACUCCUCAGCCGCUCAGUCCAUCCCUCACUCAUCCUCCACUGUGUUCUUCGAUUCAUCGGGGCUUCCCAUAGAUCCCCAGGGGCAUCCACCCUCCAUGCAGAGCUUUCUCCUUCCCACCCCAUGCUCCGAGCUCCCGCAUGGGGGAACAUCAUCAACUCAUCUGGAGCCUCUGAUCCAGAGUGCCUGGGCCCGGCAUGGAGGGGUGGUACCAGCCCAACCCGAUAUGACAUACCAUGAGUCAUUGCUGGCCAUGCAGGCUGCUAACCCCACUCUGCAGCAGAUCCAGGCUCCCACCCCCCAGUCCUCACUAGGACCGCCCGUUGUCCCCUCCGCCUCCCAGCCUGCUCCUGGGACCUUGCAACAAGUCGUUUCAACCAGUCAGACUAUUACAUCAGUUCAAAGUCCCACACACACAACUCUGCCACAGACACCUGCACAGCCCAGUGUAACUCCAUCUACCUCUACCGUGACGCACCCUUCUCCGUCGCCAUCUCUUCCUAUUACCAUGCCGACAGCGGCCGUGGCUUCCCCACACUCUCCUCUACCCCUCCCUGUUGGGGUGCUGCCUACUAUUGUUUCCCCUCCUCCUCCUGUGCCCACACCUGUGCCUCAACCAUUGGCCACCAUGGUGCCAAUCAUCAGUGUAGUCACCGCCCCACCUGAUACUCCCAUGGAAGCCCCUCCCCAGUCUCAGUCUUCAGAGCUGUCCCAGUCCCAACUACAGCCACCUCACGUUCUCUCAUCUAUAGAGAGUGGCCACUCGGAGACUUCAGGUCUGAGUGAUGGCAACGAGGGAGGGGGAGGUCGUCAUGAAGGGCGCUCCACCAAGCGGCAUCAGAGACGCUCAGUACGAAGUCGAUCACGCCAUGAGAAGAUCUCCAAGGCGAAACUCAAUGUUCUCAAUAUCUCCAACCGAGGAGACAGGGUAGCAGAGUGUCAGCUGGAGACUCACAACAGGAAGAUGGUGACCUUCAGGUUCGACCUGGACGGUGACAACCCCGAGGAGAUCGCUCAGAUCAUGGUCCAGAGUGAGUUCAUCCUGGAGAGUGAGAGGGAGUCGUUCAUUGAGCAGGUCAGGGAGGUGAUAGAGAAUGCUGAUGAGAAGGGUCUGGAGAGAGACACAAACAGCCAGAUGACGGGUGACAUGCAGCAGCAGAUUCCUGUAAUAUCUGUCCCCAUGCCAGACAUCACUCCCAGUGCAACAGCACAAGUUGUGCAUUCAGCAGGUCGGAGGUUCAUCGUCAGCCCCGUACCUGAAGCCAGGCUGAAGGAGCAAAUGUUUUCUCCCACUGCACCUCCUGCUGAAACGGUUCCUCCAGCUUCAGCUGAAGCUCCAUCCCAGAAUGCAGGCCAAGGUUUGGGGCUAUCCCAGUCUGCAGGAACGAUCAACUUACAACAAGCCUUCUCUGAGCUCAGACAGAACCAGAAUCAGUUUGAUGCGGGACCCAGCACCGCCCCAGCCUCCAUCCACUCCACCUACCCUCCUCUACAGACUUCAGCUGCCCCUGUCUCUUCACAAGCGAGCACCAUGACCCCAAUUGUUGAUCCCACUGCUGGGCUUGUCCCCUCUUAUUUAAACAAGGCACAGGAGCAGGUCUUGGAUGCCUCUCUUCCUUCUCAUUCCUCGUCCUCCUCCCCCUCCGCUGUGCCUAAUGCCUGUCUCAGUCCUCCAUGUUCCUCCUCUCCUCCUCCAACUGUGGUGAACCAGCCCAACCUCCAGUCGCAGGUUCUUUCACAGCCAGGGACGCAGGCUGGGUCCCAACCCCAGGGACAAGCACAAAUUCAGCCCCAGGCUUUCACCCUGCCUCAGUCCCAAACCGUCUCUGCUGUCAUCGCUACUUCAGUACCUUCCACUUUACCACUGGCAUGCAUUUCCAGCAUCCCCCAAACAAUGCUCACCUCCCCUCCUCCUGCCCAGACUGUUCCCCUUGUAUCCUCCCCUCCCUCCUCCACUCUUACAGCCAGUGAAGUCUCCUCCAAUCAUUCAUCAGUCUCCUCCACCUCAUCCUCUACUCCAUCCCUCUCCUCCAUCGUCAUCCCCACUACUGCCAUCCCGGGCCCCCAACUCACUCCCUCUGCCGCCUCCCACCCCACUCCCCCUUCCUGCUGCUCUUCUUCCGCGGGGCUUCAGCCAGUGACCACAAACGUUCCGUCAGUCCAACCAACCUUGGUCCACUCCCAGCCUCAGACAGCAGCCUUGCCUGGGCAGGCCCACACACACUGUGGGGAAUGUGAUGCAAGGUGUGAGGCCUCAGGUGAUUCCCAAGGCAAACCGGACGACAUUCAAGCUCUGGAGAAGAAGCUGCGGUCCCUCUUCAUGGACCUCGGUGGAGGAGUGUCCUCCCCACAGGGAGACAUCUUAGCUGCUGACACUGCCUCUGGAGCCUCUGUGGCAGGGACCACGUCCCCGAUGGGCCCCAGCUCUACCUCUGCCACAUCUAUGACCACACCUGGCUCCAGCCUGCCAACCAAUCCUCUCCAGCCCCCCUCCAGCCUGGCGCUAGGCUCACUGGGGUCCCCUGCUCCAGUCCAGGGACCUGGGACACCUAUUUCCACCCCUGUACAGACAGUCAUCCCCACCUCUUCCUUUGGCCAGACCACUCCAUCUAAAACCCCCCUCUCCAGGGUACCGGCCUGUUCAUCUCCUUCAGAACUCCUGCCAUCCUUCCCUGGACCUUGUCCAAUACAGUCCCAGCAGCCUCUCGAGGACCUAGAUGCACAGUUGAGGAGAGCACUGAGCCCAGAGACUGUUCCCGUCAGCGCACACUCACAGGCCUCUCACAGUGGCAUACCCGCAGUGGGACUACCAUCACCCUUCUCUCUGGAUGAAGAUUCAUCCUCUCCUGCUCCUACUCCAACAGGUGGAAUUAAACUUGGAAGAUUUCAGGUCUCACUGGCUGCUGAGGAGCCUUCAGUCCAACGCCCGGCCUGCACUGAAUCUUCCUCCACCACCUCCUCGUCUUCGUCCUCUUCCUCCUCAUCCUCCAGUCUCUCCAGCCCGGAGAACACACUGCAUAAGGACUCCUUGUCUCCACUAAAGGUGGGAGGAGGACAAGUGGGAGACAUUGUUGAUGGGCUCUCCCACCAACCCUCCCCCUUCACCUCCCCCUGCCCCUCUCCAAAGCCCACCAAUACCAUUGGACGCUUCCAGGUCACCACCAACUCCGAGGCUCGUGUGGGUAGAUUCUCAGUCAGUCGUGCCCAGGAUCAGAGCCUUGAGUCCAGGCAGACCCCGCCACCUGUUGCCCAGGCUUCUAAUGGACCCAGCAGUCCCGGGCAGAUUUUGACUCCAGACUCCACUCAUAAAGGCUCCAUGCCAAGUCUCAACAACAACAACUCCUUCAAUAACUCCUACAUCAGCAGCGAUAACGACUCAGAAUUUGAGGAUGAAGACUUCAAACGUGAAGUCGGCCGCCUCAGAGAAAAGCACAUGCGUGAGAUUCAGGCCCUCCAUUCCCGUCAGAAGGAAGAAAUAGAUUGUCUCUUUACCAGGCUAGGAAAGGUUCCUCCGGCUGCUGUUCUCCCUCCAGUUGUAGCUUUGGCCGGCAGGAGGAGACGACCUACCAAAAGUAAAUCGUCCAAAUCGUCAAGAACCAGCUCCACGCACGGCAGCAAGAGUCCAUUACAGCCAGGCAGCACUUUAUCCGCCCAGAGCGUCCCGACCAUGUUCCCCGGGCAGCUGGCUCUGUUAGCACCAGGAGGAUUAGCUGAUUCUGGCAGCAGCACUCUGCCCCAGCCCCUCAAACCCACUCCCUCCAGCGAUAACCUGUGCUCGGCCUACACCAGCGACGCGGCGCUGUCUGUUCCCAGCCUGUGUGCUCCCACCCCAGGCUGUGUAAAGUUCAGCUGGGGUUCGGAGCGUUUGGCCUUCAAGCCUGGCGGCAGGAGGACGCGCUUUCUGAGUACGCCCUGCUUGGCUCUUUGGAAGAUGGUGAAAAAAGUCUGCCCCUGCAACCAGCUCUGUAGGACUAACAGCACCAUCGCAGUGAGUGGUUCGGGAGGUUUGGGUCAGAGCCAGACGGGCUCUCAGUAUCUGCCCACCAACAUGUCGGUCCCCCACCAGAGGAAAGGAACCUUCACCGACGACCUCCACAAACUGGUGGACAACUGGGCCAGAGACGCCAUGAACCUCUCACAGGGUAAGAGGAGUACCAAACAGCUGCAGCAGGCUCCAGCGCAGGGACACAGCUACGAGGUUAUUCAGUCAGCAAGUCUGGGCAGGAAGUACUCGGCUCCCAGCCAGCUGUGUCCCAGCAGCAUCGGAGGCUCUGCACACCUCCCUUCGAACCCCACCACCGCUACCUCUCUGGCCGUCCGCAAGGGCUCCCUGAGCCACCCGCCUGCCUCCUCGACACCCCCGCAACCCCAGCCUCCCCAGUUCAUCCACUACACCCCCACCUCCGCCUAUAGCGCACAGUGGUCUGGUCCGGCUCAUGGUUUGUCAACCUCGCACCAGGCUCCUGCUCAGCCUGGUCCUCUGCUGGUCAGCACCUCCCAGCCCCUGGGCCCCUACCCCAGCCCACAGGGCCAGAUUCCCGGGCAGGGGCAAUUCCAGGCUUUCCAUUUGACCAACACUCUGCAGAAGUCAGUCAGCAACCCAGGAGGACCCAAUCUGAGGACCACGUAGGGCACGGGGAUGGGGGCUGGUUGAAUCACGGCCCCGACUGGCGUGAACUGGUGUGGAGCGGAGUGUUUUGGGGCUUGAUCAGUGGGAAGAGACAGAAGAACUGAGGAGCUUAAAGCAUUGGAAGCUGACUUGUCCAGAAGGAGAACGGAAAAAGAAAAGGAAAAGCUGAAGGGAGAGGAAACGGGGAAAGAGAAAUGUUGAGUGCGAUCUGCUGUCUGCUGUUUUUGACUCUGCCAAAUGCUCAAGGAUAAAGGAAAAGACUGAGUGCAAUGUUAAAAGGCCAAAGAUUUUCUGACAGGGUAUGGGACUGUAGUCAAUGGCUGAGUGUGUGUGUGGGCUAUUAUUGAGUGGUCACACUCCAUUUCGUGCUUUAGAUUGAGUGAACAAGUUCACACAUGGCACACACACUUGUCCUGGUCAAUGGUGGGAAGAUACAAAACGCAGUUGAAGGGGACGAAUGUGGUGAUGAUGUAAAUGUGAGAAAACGAUGUUCAGAUCUGCGUCGGCGGUUAUUAGCUUAUGCGUGAUCAGUUCAGGAAGCGUUUUUUCUUCAGUAUUCAGACGUUUUUUCUUAACAAUUAAAAAAAGCACAAAGGAUACCGAGAACAAAUCAAACUAAUGCGUACGGAGAAUGGUUGUAGCUCAGCACUUGGAGGAGUCGUGACUCGUCAGCUUGAAUACAGUCGUGACAGCUUCUCGCCUGUUACUCAGCGCUGGCAAACCUUUCGAACAGAGCGAGGGAGAGGGAGAGGUGGAGGAAAGAAAGUAGAGCGUCUGUAUGAAGUACAGGAACGUAUGUUGAAAGAGCACUUAAUAGACACAACAGAUGCUUCUGCGCGCCAAACACCUCCUCACCGUCACGACUCUGCAUCGUCCUCCAUGCCGCUCUCCGCCUCCCUGUUGCCAUUUGAAGCAAUAACAUCAGAAACCUUCUAGAGGAAGAAAAAAAAAGCCCAAACACGAGAAAAGUGGCCUUGUUAUCAGAAUAAUAUCCCUGUCCCUGUACAGUUUGUGUUUGUUUUUUAGAAUUUCAGUUAUGAUGAUGAUGAUUCCAUUUAGUUGUUUUAUGUUUAGGUUUUGUUUUUUUGUUGGGUUUGGUUUGAUUGCUGCCCCCAGCUAGCAAUCUGACACACACACACACACACACACACACACACGCACACAUACACAUUCACACAAACACACACACAGAAGGUGUUUAAUGGACGUAAACUCAUCGACUAAUGUCUCAGUUCGUGGUGUCGUCAUUAGACUGGUUUCAACAUUGGUGUUGAAAUGGUUGCAAUGUACAUUGUUAUCAUCAUUACUGUUGUUAAUGAUUAUUAUUCUAUUUAAAAAAGAAACCAACAAAAACGUGUUCUGUCGAUGGACCUGUUAUACAUGCACAUCGGUGCUCGAUGUGGAAACACUGUGAUUUAUUGUUGUUUAUUAUUAGCAGAUGUUGUUGGACGACAUUAGUUUUGGGGUGAAAUGUCACAAAUGAAAAACAAACAAAAAAAACAUACAAAAAAGGGUUUGGGGUUUUUUCACUUUCAAUUCACUGCUCCCCCGCAAAUGGAUACUCAUCAAAAUGUGAAAAUUAAAAAAAAACGCCUCUUUCCAAUAAACGUCCUCACGUCCACUCACUGAGGACUUGCUCCAAAACAGAUGCCUUACCAACAACCAAUCAACUGCAGCGUCAGUUCCUCUCUGGAACUGAUUGAAUUGAAAGUGGAAACUGACCUCCAAGCCCGACCCUAAAGAAAAAAACCUGGCGUGAACAGCAGGAUAGUCAAUAUUUAGAUUUUUUUUUUUUAAGUAAUGCUAGCUAUUUUUUUCCCUCAAUACAGUACUUAUACAGUAUAUCAGACACUUUAAAUAGCCUCCCUCUUCCCUUUCUCCCCUGGUUUUGUUAGAUGAAUGUGAAUGUAUAAACCAACGGUGUCCAUUUUAAUGUACUUGAAAAAGAAAAAAAAGUCUGUCUUUUAUUUUUGCUCUGUCUGUUUGGCCCCCCCCCCCCCAGAGCCUCUGGUGAGUACCGGAGGUAUUUACUAGUGCCUUGCAUCCUUCCUGUUGCUUCUCGACCCCCGGGGGUGAAGGACCUGAAGUAAAGUGCAGCGUGUGUGGAGAAGUGUCUGUGGUGUGACUUUGAGUUGGGUGGUUGAUGGUUGGACCUGGUCCGUGCAGCGGGAGGUGCGGUGGUGAAGGCUGCUGUCCGUUGGCUCUGUGCGCCUGCAGCUGGUUUGUGGUUAAUUCUCUUUUGAGUGCAACUUCUUCAAAAUACAAAAAAAGACCUGACUGUGUCUGAAGGCCCAGGUCCACCAGCAUCAGGAUGGAGAGAUGGGGAGAACGUGAUAAUUUAUCAGUGCCAUUUUUUUUUUCCUGGGUUUUAAAUGUAUAUAUGUGGGAGGGGAUCGGAGGGGGCCGUUUUAAGGAGGGAGUUUUUGAAGAUUGUAUUUGAAGCUUGGACCGCUCCGUACUUUAGAGGCUCUGGGCCCAGGUGCAGCGUACAGUCGGGAGAGGAUCCAUCGACACAGUGACCUGAAGUUAAUUUCAUUUUAAUGCUGACAUAUCUCUGGUGUCACACUGAUUUUAUACCCCCCCAAAAAAUUUUCAAUUUCUUUUAUUUACGUCCAUGAGAAAUUGGCGCAGAGUAUCAGAAACAAAAGGAACAACAGAUCUCUGAGGUGAAAUAACCAAAGCUGUUCAAACUUGGCCGAGUUUUGUUUUCACAUAUGAACGCAUCACUCGUUGUUACCAAUAUUGUCACGCAAUAUUUAUCCCAAAUAGGAAAGAUUGUUGAAUGUGUUACCUUUUUUAUAAUCAAGUAUAAUUUUAUUUAUUCACGAGGCCAGUAGCACUAUGCUCUGUCCUUCUAACAGAUUUGAUUGGGGAUGCCUCCUCGUCUGAGAACUGCUGCUGCUGCUGGGCUAAAGGUAUGAAUAUUGUCUCAUCCCUUCCUGUUCCCACUGUAUGUUUCUGAAGCGUCACCGUCGGGGGUCCAACAGGCCUGACGGGUGCUGGUGGUGUUGAGCACAGCGGUGGUUUGGAUGGUUGUAGUGGCCGUGAGGAUGGUGGUUAAAAUGGUGGAAGUGAUGAAUUGUGUUUUACAUUCAAAGCCUUUAACACCUUGUUCUGCUUUAUCUUCUCAUUUGUCAGCGCAAAUGAAACACGUCUGGUACAAACUUUGACAUUCACUUCAAAUCUUUUUUUUUCUUCUUCUUUUUACCAAGAAGGAGUUUUCAGGAUUCACAUACACACAUUACGAAAAGGUUACUUUGUAAAGUUUGUACAAAAAGAAAAAAAAACAUUGCUUUUGCCUGUUUUUUUUGUUGUUGUUGUGAUAUUUUCCAUUUCUCGUGAAACAUUGAUGCAGCAUUUUUACUACUAGGCAAGUUUGGUUGAAGCUGUGAAUAAUCAUUGAGCCACUUUGCUUUAGUUCUGGUUGUGAGCAUUCUGUCAAAUCUUCCCACCGACUCAAGUGCCAUUUGACGAGUGACACCAUCAGAAGUGAAGGAAAAAACGAUAGAAAAGAAGAAAUUUGAGUAUAAUUAUCUACUGUUACUCACUGGAGCUGUUCGGGUUGCCAGGCAACAUCCUGGAGUUUCACCUUGCAACCGCUCGAGCCUCAAAGGAUUUCCACAAGUGGAAGUUUGAUAAUAUUUUGUCUCUACUACACGAUCACUAUGAAAGGAAAGCCUUCUGUGCAAUGGCCGCAAUGCAAUAUUAUUUAAAGUUACAGUAUCGAGCCCUGAGGUCACAGCUGGGUGAGGAUGCGUUUGAGAAUUCAGUGGAGUUGUGGUGGAGAGCUCUUACUGUGAAAUGUUCUUGAAGUUCAAGUGGGGGGAAUGGGAUUCAUGUUCUGGUGACGCGUGAGAAGUGCAGCAGUAGUUUUAACUCACUCGCUUUAGGAUCAGAUGCAGUUUCUGUUGGUGUGUUUACAGUUUGGGCCCGUUCAGGAUUCGCUGACCCUUUAUGCUUUUUACUGUAGAAGUGCCCACAUGUGAAAUAAAAAGAAAAAAAAAGCCUUCUCAUGCACCAACAGAUCAACACACACACAAACACACAGAUUCAUUCAUCUCCUCACUGGUUAAUGUCGCUUUCUCCUGUGGAAUGAUGUUGAGUCUCGAGUUUCUCUGACUAUUACUGACAUUUUUCCCCCCCAUUUUUUCAACAUGUUGAUUUUGUUUCUGUUCUCACGUUCUAUUUUUAUUAUUUCUCAAUCAGUUUAUCGGCAGUUUUAAUGUCUCUAACGGCAAAUAACUUAAUUCAACGGUUUCAUUUUUAUUUCUGUAUCGUGUUUGACGUUGUACAAAGGUGGUUGAAUAAAUAAACAUGGAUGAAUGAAUGAAAGAAAGAAACAAAAUACAUGUAGGGAGUCAUCGGCAGCCUUUAAUGGUUUGUUUUGCACUAAGUAUAGAGUGUUCAAGCUUCAUAUUAAAAAAAAACUGCGCUUUGCGCUACAACACAAUGAAAUUUGUUACUUUAUUUGUAAAGACUUAAUAAAAGUGGUUUAAAUGAA